UAACUAAAAAAGACACAACAACACACACAAAAUUACCAAAAAAAGACACAAAAUGACUUACAAAGACAUGUAAAGACAUGAAAAGGAUUAAAAAAUGGACAAAAUAGCCCUAUAAGACUCCAUAGAGUUAAACUAUUAUACAAUGUUCACAUUCUGGGUUUCUUUUGUGUACAAUGAGAUAUUGUUUGGAAAAAAAAAGGGUUAGAAUUGUGCCAUUGUUCAUCGUUAUAAAUUUACCAUUUUAUUAUUAAUUUGACACAGGGGCCACAGCAGGGGCCAAGGGCUUCUACACAGGGGCAGUGGCCCCUGGAGGCCCCUGUGUAGAACCGCCACUGUGUAUAGAAUAAAAACAAAAAAUCGUAAAAUCAUAAAAUCAGCAUAAAAUCAACACUCUACGUGGUGUUAAAAGCCAACGAGAAGAGGUGGGUUUUAAAAAGAGAUUUAAAUGAGACAGUGAGGAGGCCUGUCUGAUGUAUAGCGGCAAUUCAUUCCAAAGUUUCUCCCAUCAUGUCUCCUUCCCACAGUGAGUCCAGUAUCUGCCAAGUCAGGGCGACAGUCAUGCUGUAUGAUGACACCAACAAGCGAUGGGUGCCAGCAGGAUCUGACACUCCUUCCUUCAGCCGGGUCCACAUCUAUCACAGCCCUGCGGCUAACACCUUCAGAGUCGUGGGCCGCAAACUGCAGGCCGACCAGCAGGUGGUGAUCAACUGUCCCAUUAUCAAAGGGAUAAAGUAUAAUCAAGCCACACCAAACUUCCACCAGUGGCGGGAUCCCAAACAGGUGUGGGGGCUGAACUUUGGCAGUAAAGAGGAUGCCACUCUUUUUGCUAACAGCAUGAUGCAUGCCUUGGAGGUUCUAAAUGCACCCGUCAGCACAGGCUCCCCUCAGAGUGACCCCUCUGCACAGGAGCUGGAAGACCAGAGAAGACUAGAGCGCCAGAGGCAGGAAGAGCAGAAGAAGAGUGUGGAGAAAGAGAGGCAGAGCUCUGCUGCUCCUCCUCCUGCCCCACCAGCCCCUCCACCGGCCCCGCCAGCACCCCCAGCACCCCCACCACCUCCAGGCCCUCCACCCUCCUCUGGAACGGGCCCACCUCCACCUCCACCACUUCCUCCUGGGGGCCUCGUCCCACCUGCACCACCACCACCACCGCCCCCUGCUGGAGGAAGUGGAGGUGGUGGGGAUGGAAACAGUCUGGCUGCAGCUUUAGCAGGGGCCAAGCUGCGUAAAACAGCCAAGGUACAGGAGGAGGGAGGAGCAGCAGCCCCAUCACCCAAAGCAGCAUCCUCAUCUGGUGGAGGAGGAGGAGGUGGUCUAAUGGGAGAAAUGAGUGCCAUCCUGGCUAGGAGGAAGAAAGCUUCUGAUAAUCCUACUGCAAAAAAGGUAGAACCCCACAAUGAGGAUUCUGAAUCCUCAGUAUCAACAUCUCUAGGACCAGGAGAAAUCAGUGGAAAACCCAAAGAAAAAUCUGCCACAAUUCCAAGGCCCACAUCCUUAACCAACAAUAGAAAGGAACCCAGCAGCCCUAGCUCCUCCACUCCUUCCUCCUCCAGCUCCUCCACCACCCCAGUGUCCAGAAUGAAGGUGGUGAAAAAGACCUCAGAUGGUGCAGGAAAUGAUUUUAAUAUGGAAAGAAUAAAACAGGAAAUUCUUGAAGAAGUGAAAAAAGAUCUACAAAAUAUGAAGGAGGAAAUUAUUACCGCACUGAUCCAGGAGCUGCAAAAUGCACAGCCAAAGUGUGAAGACUCUGAAAGAGUGGAGAAUGAAUCAAAUGAAUAAUAACACAUUUAUGUAUUGCUGUUUUUAGUAUUUUUACAAAGUCAAAAUAUGCAAUGCCAAUGUUUUGUCUUUAUCAUUGUGUCUUCUUCAUAUUUCCCUCUGUUCAGUUCAUUACAGUUCAUUUCAGUUCAUUUCAUCUUAUUUCGGCCAUAAUUAUAUGUGUGCACACACAGAUCAAUAAUUAAUAACAUAUCAAUAUAGAAAAUAAUAAUAAUU